AUGAAACUUAUUUUUCUUUGGAUUCUCACAAUCAUGCUAAUAUUGCCUUCAUUUGCAGAUGAGAAUUUCUACUGCUAUUCGCAGUACUUUUGCUUAGAAAACGAAAAGGGACUCCAAAUGCAUACAAUGUGCAAAUUGGAGCCUUGCAAAUUUUCAAAAUUUUGCGAUGAAACGGCUACCCCAACUCCUUUAAGCGAUGUUGAGAGGAAAGAAGUAGUCAAGUGGCAUAACGAUUUUCGAAAAUAUUUCGCCAAUGGUGAACUACUUAAUGAAAUUGCGGUACAACCGCUGAAAGAGAAACUGAACGAAAAGGAUUACAAUCCCAUGACAAUUGAAUAUGACGAGGAACUAGAAUUUAUCGCCCAAUGUUGGGCCAAUACUUGUCCUACAGACGAGGAUCCUUAUUGCAAGAAAACCAAUACGUACUCCUUUGUUGAACAAAACCUGUUUUUUGUAAACCACGAGGAUUUUUUGGGCAUGUGGCAACCUGUGGGGAUGUGGUUCAGUACUAUUCUUUCCGAGAAGGAUAAUCUCACUCGCUAUCUGAAAAAUGCCCACAAAAAUAGCUAUGCGAGAAGCUUCGUAAACGUAAUCUACCCAGAUACGACAGGGAUAGGUUGCGGUCGGACAGAAUGGGGUCGUCCUGAAAGGAGAGUGCUGGCGAUAGUGUGCAACUACGGCCAGGCAUAUCGCUGGGGCAAAGGACCAGUUUGGAGAAACUACCUGCAAUACGCCGCUGCCCUUGGAAACAGGAGCCUAGCCGCUUAUUGCGGGGGAAAUCACCAGAACGAACAGGAGUACGGCCGACUUUGUUACGAGAUUAAUGUGAAAAUGGCCAGUCAUCCCAUUGAACCACCGUUUCAAUUCACAAAUGAUCCUUACUACUGGGAUCGAAAGAGCGUCCAACAAAGGAUAGAAGAGACAAGAGCACGUUUUAUGGCAUUAGCAAAUUGCAAGCAAGUCUCAAAUGUUGUUCUCGCAUUGUCUCUUAUUUUAAUGCUGUAA